GGUCCGUCUCAAAAUCCCAUAAAAAAUCAAGUAAAUCCGAUCUUAUCUAAUAUCCCAAAAUCUCCCCAAACCCACAUACAUCCAUUCAAUCAUGGAUACCUACCUAGAUGAUCCCAUUCCAUUCGCCACUUCCGCUCUCGCCAACCACAAUCAAUCACUCUCGAACCACUGAGCCACUGAACCUCUGUACUGUAGAUCAGUUCCUACGCGAAUAUUCGAAUAUUCCAAACCUUCACAACUUCUACAAUUCGCCCUCAUCGAAGAGAGAGAGAGAGAGAGAGACCUUUGGACCUUGGUAUGAGGAAAGAGUGACAACCUUACCCAUAAAAAACUGGCGAAGCAAAUCAACUUCAGGAUACCCUCAUCCUUUCUCGGGCGUAUCAAAUUAUCAGUGCAAAUCCCUCGAUCGUUCCUCAAGUCGCUCUCUAUCGAUGCCAACGUUAUUUCCUAUAUCGAACACAAAGUACGUGUGUGAUCUUUUGAUUGUUCAACUUCGACAAGGACAUUCCAUUUCACUACUCUCAUUCACUGCGCCUGGAAAUUUUAGUUAGUGCUACUGGGACCGGAGAAGAUUCGACGGCAACCAUUCCUCAUGGUUUAGGAAAAGUCUAUAUCUCACCAACGAUUGUGCGAACAUAUUUCGAUGCAUUUACGAACUGAAGGGAGAUAAAUACAUGAAUGUGUAAUAGGCUGUCUACGAACAAACACUUUCUUUAAUACAAUCAGCAGGAUUAGACCACACGGGGAUUGCAGAUACGAAUUGGUCACCCCAAUAGGCGGACCUAUAAAGGUCAUCAAGCCCCUUGCAAUGCUGCCGGAUACUGAAGACAUUGCCCAAUUACCGAAGGAUAACGAAGUAAAAUCAAUGGAAGCAGCUUCUCGGUCUUCAUCUCGGACGCGAACUUCAACGGGUGGCUCUACACCUGUUCCUGUUUCCCCAAUCACAAAACCGCGACUAUGGCCAUCCGACAUCCCCAAGGGCUAUACUGCCUCGUCUGCUCAUGCAACAUCUUCCUGGAGCGCUAGUUCGGACAAGCAGCUUGGUAGCCCAUCAUCUACUACUAACGACCGGGUUUUUCCAAUACGAAGCGUCGUCAGUGUCGAUCCGACUCAGACCCCAUCUUCAUUUUCAGCCAGGAAUUCGGCCUCGGGUGAGAUGAAUGACUAUUUCCCACGCCCCCCAAGUCUAUCAAGCAGGGACGGAGGUGGGAGGGGUGUGAGAUACUCGGAUUCGGAUGGAAAGACAACUCCUCGCCAAAGAGGUCAGACGGAAUCUAGUGCUGACCCCAGAAGAGCAGAUCGCAAGUCGUCUACCUCUACAAAUCGUAGUGAUUUCAGAGGCAGUCGCCUGCAACAGUUCCUCGACAAUACGUCUGAUAGAUCUGCUAGCACACGCAAUUCCAGCGCAAAACAAUCAUCGACUGGAAAUGUGCCUGGAAACAUGUCUGGAAACAUGUCUGGAAAUGUGUCUGUAUCCGAUGACGGUGGACUUGGAGGGUUGGUAACGGCCAGAUUUAAGCACAUCGUGACUGCAGAAGGGCAUGCCAUUAUUACUGGUCGUGAUGGAGAGGUUUUGCAGAAAUGCGAGGAUGAGCCAAUUCACAUUCCCGGAGCUAUACAAGGCUUUGGCUUACUCAUUGCAUUAUCAGAGCAUGAAGAUAAUCAGCUUUUGGUUCGUCUUGUUAGUGAAAACUCCCAAAGGAUGAUAGGAUAUACGCCCCAGGAGCUUUUUCGACUGGAUAGUUUUCUAGACAUCUUGAGCGAGGAUCAACAGGAAAAUCUCCUUGAUCAUAUUGAUUUUAUUCGCGAUGAAGAGGCGGAUCCUGCCUCAAAUGGCCCAGAAGUUUUUACAAUCUCUAUUCGCCACCCAAGAACUCGUAGAUCUAAAAAGCUUUGGGUAGCUAUGCACAUAAACCCUGUCAACCCAGAAAUGAUCAUCUGCGAGUUUGAACUCGAUGAUGACCAAGUCUACCCUCUCGUUCCCGAACAGGAAAUGACGCCCGAGCCCCCAGAGGAUACACUCAAUAGCAACCCAACGAAGGAGGAAUUUGAUGAGAGCACGGUCAAUACAAGCAAACCCCUUCGAGUCUUGAGAAACGCUCGAAAGCGCAAAGGUGAAGCCGCUGCUAUGGAGGUCUUCAAUAUUAUGUCCCAGGUACAAGAGCAACUUGCCACUGCAUCGACCUUGGCUGUUUUUCUGAAGACUCUUGUAGGCGUGGUUAAAGAGUUGACAGGGUUUCAUCGUGUCAUGGUAUACCAGUUCGAUGCUGCAUACAACGGUCGAGUGGUUACUGAGCUUGUUGACCCUCGAGCAACCAAAGAUCUCUACAAAGGACUGAAUUUUCCGGCAUCGGACAUUCCUAAGCAAGCUAGAGAAUUAUAUAAGGUCAAUAAAGUUCGUCUUCUUUAUGAUAGGGAUUUAGAAACUGCACGACUCGUCUGCCGCGGCGUCGAGGAGCUUGAAAAUCCUCUUGAUCUAUCAUAUGCUUAUCUUCGAGCCAUGUCACCUAUACACAUCAAAUAUCUGGCAAACAUGGCAGUUCGAUCCUCAAUGUCUAUUUCGAUCAAUGCGUUCGGCGAGUUGUGGGGCUUGCUUGCUUGUCACACUUAUGGCCCGAAAGGAAUGCGAGUCUCUUUUCCUAUUCGAAAGAUGUGCCGACUGGUGGGUGAUACUGCGUCAAGGAAUAUCGAAAGAUUGUCAUAUGCUUCACGACUUCAAGCUCGCAAGCUCAUCAAUACAGUUCCAACACAAGCCAACCCUUCUGGUUACAUAAUAGCGUCCUCUGACGAUCUUCUAAAGUUGUUUGAUGCUGAUUUUGGCCUCCUUUCGAUAAAAGGAGAGACUAAGAUAUUGGGCAAGAUCGAUCAAUCUCACGAGGCACUUGCUAUGCUGGAGUAUAUGCGAAUGCGUAAGAUAAAAACAGUUGUCACCUCUCAGGACAUCAAACAAGACUUUCCCGAUCUUCGAUAUCCCCCAGGAUUCAACGUCAUUGCGGGCUUACUUUUAGUACCAUUGAACUCAGAGGGCGAUGACUUUAUCGUCUUUUUCCGUGCUGGACAAAUCAGAAAUGUUAAAUGGGCUGGCAAUCCGUACGAAAAAUUUAUCAAAGAAGGCACUGAGGGCUAUCUAGAGCCGAGGAAAAGUUUCAAGACGUGGAAUGAGACUGUGAUUGGAAAAUGCCGUGAAUGGACAGAGGAACAGGUGGAAACUGCUGCCGUGCUCUGUCUUGUUUAUGGAAAAUUCAUCGAGGUCUGGCGUCAAAAAGAAGCUGCACUACAAAGCAGUCAACUGACACGACUGUUGCUGGCCAAUUCGGCUCACGAAGUCAGAACCCCUUUAAACGCAAUUAUUAACUACCUGGAGAUUGCGCUCGAGGGUGCAUUGGACCAAGAAACAAGAGAGAACCUAGCUAAAUCACACUCUGCCUCCAAGUCACUAAUUUAUGUCAUCAACGACUUGCUAGACUUGACGAAAACUGAAGAAGGCAUGGAUCUGGUCAAGGAUGAGAUUUUCGAUCUUCCUGCUGCUAUAAGAGAGGCAACCGACUUGUUCAAGGGCGAUGUGAAGCGAAAGGGCAUUGAAUAUACUGUGGUCGAGCAUCCUGGUGUUCCACAAUUUGUGCAUGGAGAUCAAAGGCGUGUUAGGCAAGCAGUUGCUAACAUCACGGCAAACGCUGUGCAACACACGUCAAGUGGUUUUGUUCGUAUUGAAAUCUGGUUGCAAGAAAUUAUCGAUAAUAGAGUCAAUGUCGAAAUCGUUGUUGAAGACAGUGGCGCUGGUAUGUCGAAUCAAAAACUUGAUACGAUUUUUCGAGACCUCGAACAAGUUGAUGGCGACCCUUUGUUCGAAGAUGAAAGCAAUGAGAAAGCUCUCGUUGAUGGUAAUCGUACUAUAGGUCUUGGUUUGGCAAUGGUAGCUCGAAUUGUUAGGAAUAUGGACGGUCAGCUACGUUUGAAGUCAGAGGUUGGAAAGGGAUCGCGAUUUGUCAUUCAGUUACCCUUCUUCCUUCCUGAAGACGAUUCACAAAAUUCCGGGAAUCAAGAGAAGGCUGCUUUCUUGAGUUCAUCAUCUGUAUCACCACCGCUUGCGACGCCACCUCCUGCAGGUACCCCUGGCGAGGUGACCCUCGUCAAGUCAUCGAGUCAUCUCAGACAAUCAGCUCCCGAUUCAUCUUCGCUUGCUCGCAAGCACAGUACAGAAGAGAUUGCAAGUUUGCACAGCUUCAGAAGUAAUAACAGUAGUAAAGCUAGCGGGAAAAGUGAUGUGGAUCGAUUCAUUGAUGCUAUCUCUGGUCCAGUUGGCAACACACAGGGAGAACCUUUGAAGCGUGUUAAUAGCAGAGACCGACAAAGUCUAAAUAGUAUGCCUGAAACUGCACUUAGUUCGAGAUCAGGUCAAUCCGCAAAAUUGAAACGCUCAGCCUCGUACACUACGCCUGAUUGUCUCAAAUUGGAAGAGUUACGAACUGUGGGAAGCGAGACUGUUGCUGGCAGUAAAACACCAGUGAGAGCUGUCAGGAUGCCCAACGAAUUCUCGGAAGGUACGAACGACAAAAGUACUCCUCCAGUUUCUGCGAAGGUGAAAUUCAAUCUUCAUAUCCCAUCAACAUCUUCACAAGGGGGAGCACACGAAGACGCGCCUCGUGAAAUAUCACCUAAAACAGAGUCAAACCCUUUAAACAUAGAUAAUUUGAAGGUUUUGGUCGCCGAGGAUGAUCCUGUCAAUAGUCGUAUAAUCAAUAAGAGACUGGACAAAGGUGGCCAUGACGUUUACCACACCAUAAAUGGGGAAGAGUGCGCAAGUGCAUACGGAGACAACGUCAAGAAGUCCUCUGCAACGGCCUCAUUGGCAGAUAAACGUUUUGACGUAAUACUCAUGGAUAUGCAGAUGCCGAUAGUCGAUGGACUUACUUCAACAAAAAUGAUCAGGUCAUUCGAAAAGACUUAUCUCGAUCUAUCGCCUCGAGCCAAGCUCAAUGGAAGAGUACCUAUUUUCGCCGUAUCAGCUUCUCUUGUUGAGCGUGAACGGCAAACAUAUAUCGAUGCUGGUUUUGACGGCUGGGUAUUGAAACCGAUCGACUUCAAACGUUUGAACGUUUUACUCAAAGGCAUUGUUGAUAGUAAAGUUCGAGAUUCGUGCCUGUACCAACCAGGACAAUGGGAGCGCGGUGGUUGGUUUCAUAAAAUGCAACCGUCAGCAUUGCAAUCCUCCACGGCCCCCUCUAACAAAUCGCCAGUACAGAACCCUCCUCAGAAAGGACCAGAACCUCUUCAACCUGAUAAGGAUUCACUUGACAGUGACACUGGCUCUACAACCCCGAUGGGAGACAAAAAGCGGCCAUUAAUAUACGACGAAAGGCUGAAUGCUACGAACGAGGCUCUCAAUGCUACGGCCGAUGUUGAUGUAGGACCUCAUUAUAAUCUUCCGACUGCUGAUGAAAGACCUGUGAUGGAUGUUAGCACUGAAAAUGACACAUCAGCCGUCGAUAAAUCUCUCGAAGAUAAUACCGGAGAGAACACUAAACCUGAAACUGCCAGUGACGCAUCCGCUGGUGUGAAUUCUGAUCCCACUACCAAAAACGAUCUUGAAGAGAUUGAUGUCUCAGGCGCUGCGGAACCAUCGCCUGAUUCCACAAAGGUUGAAGAAUCAACUGCAGAAACCACGAAUAAUUCUGAAGUACCCGAGUCAACAGAAUAAUUGAAUUGGUAAGGUGACCUGCAUCAUCGUUAUCCAAAUAAUAAUUUUCUACUAUAUUUUCUUUCCAGUUUUUCUUACAAAAAUCCCUUCUUUCACGUCAUGACUGGGACAUGAGAUUUUGGCGAUUAGAGGUUUCACGCACAUAUACAGGGUGGCGCACAGCAUACCCUUUGAUUUCAUAAUGGGAGCGGGAGUUCUGUUUUGGAGUAAUACCGUACUGUGUACGAGUUUUUUUGUUAUUUUUGAGGGAAAUGGGGGGAAGGGGGGGUUGGAUGAUACAUUUCCGUUUAUUUUAUUAUGUGGACAUGCCGAAACGGAUAAAUACAUACGGAAUGUAAGAUUUGGGGCUUCAUGGAUGAGGAAAUGAUGGAAAUGGCUCUUUGGAAGGGAAGCAUUGAACACUCUUUUCCCAUCCUAUAGAAGAUCAUGAAUUGUGAAAAGGAGCGCGAACUCUCAAGGGACUUGGAUGGUCCAGGUUUGGUUCAUGCGCAUUUCAAAUUGCAUGGCUUGCGGGUUGGUUGGUUGCAAAGAAGGAGAGAAAUGCGAUGUAUGAAUGAUAGGGGCUGUGUAUAUUAGGUUUGGCUUCUUGAGUCAGGAGCAAGACAUUCAUGGGAGGGGUGUGUUGAUUGGGGGGGAUAAGACGAGCUGGAAGCUGAGAUACAUUCGUGAGAUGAGAGUGAGCAUGCGCAAUGCAGCAUAGCGUUGAAGCGUGAUGGAAUUGAAUGAUGUGCAAAUUUUUCAGUAGGGGGAAAAGACAAGGAAAGGGUUGGAGGAUGUAUGAUUCGUACUUGAUAUGAUGUGUAUUUAAGAUUGAUGCUGGUCAAUGAGAUGAGAGAGUAAAGAGUAGAAAUGGGAUGGGCCAAUCGUGGAGGAGUGGAAGAAGAGAGUUAGAUGAGGUUGCGCGCAAGCAAGACUCGGAUGAAAUGAAUGA